UCCCGGAUGUCUGGUGGAAAUAAUGAUAAACUAGAACCGUGACAAACACUUACCACUUCACUCUAGAGUAGUUCAACCAGGAAACAAGUUUUACAGCCACAAACAGCAUAUAAUAAAGGGUCUUGUGAAGGACGCGCACGCAGGCCAUGAGGCAGAAAUGUGCCGCAAGCCUCGUGCUUACCUUGGUGUUAACGCACGUCUAUGGCGCAACUAGUCAGGAAACCACCUGUCCGGGAGGUGGCGCUGCACUUGGCAUGGAAGACGGACGAAUAAGUGACGAGCAAUUGACAGCCUCCAGUAUCAGAUACAGUUCUUCCACCCCUCAAAUGGCAAGAUUAAAUAACACAGCCUCGGGUUACAGCGGUGCUUGGCUGCCUAGUUGCUGCUCGUAUUCCUACGAGUACAUCCAAGUUGACCUGCUCGUGCCUCACAUCAUCACUGGUAUAGCUGUUCAAAACGGAGGUGGUCGAUGGGGAAGCUACUAUGUGAAGGGGUUUAAAUUGCUCUACAGCAACGACAAACUGACAUGGAGAAUUCACCAGCGAGUGGAGGGAGAGGACAAGAUCUUUUCUGGCGUGUCUUCCCAAGACCGAUACGCUAUUGUCACAAAUACGCUGGAGAAGACGAUAUCGACGAGGUACGUGGCAAUUGCAGCAACGAGUUGGCAGAAUGCCCCAGCACUGCGGUUUGAGUUAUACGGAUGUAUUGAUUCUAGUGCUUCAAUACAAAACUACACCGUAGUAAACUCCAAUGUAGAGACGCCCACCACCUGGGUUCCUUCGCGGAGUCCGUUCGUCUUGAAUAGUGAAAUCACCGUGACGUCAAGUGGGUCCCUUACAAUUGAACCUGGGGUGGAUGUGGUAUUCAAUUCUACAUCAGCUGGUUUGACGAUUGAAGGGUGUUUCGGAGCUGUUGGACUUCAAGGUUUAGGAAUACGGUUCGUUAGCAGUGACAUCAGAAAGAUUCUUGGAAGGCGUGACGUACACUGGAGGGGUCUGAAAUUCUCCGUACAACUAUGUAACGAGAUAAACAUCAGUCACGCGGUGAUACAAGGCGCAGAAUACGGAAUCAGGGUUCUGACAAACGGAGCAUCUUUGAAUAUUCGCCAUGUUACAGUGAGGGAUUGCUACAGAGACGGAAUAAACGUCGUCUCCAUUCGGCUGUCAGUGGUGGAUUCCAGAAUAGUCAACUGUGGAGAUGCCGGUAUUGAAUAUAGUGGGGGACACAGCGUUGUAAUCUCUGGUAGUCAGUUUAUUGAAAACAGCAGGAGUUUUUAUCUCCGGCGCACUUCAGCAAACCCCGAGUUCAACCUAACGGCCAGAAUAGACGGGUGCUACUUCCGGUCUGACAGCAGUUCAAUUUUGUAUAUGCCAAGCAUGACCUCUUGUGUGGUGACCAUCAAUAACAGCACUGUGAUUUCAACUCGUGAGUACAGCUACGGCCAGGGCAUAUACUUCAGCACUACCUACGGCUCUAGCAGCGUUUCUUUUUCAAUAACGAGGAGCAAAAUCAUAGGAGGCCAACAGAGCGUUCGUGUCAGGGACAAUUCUCGUUAUAGCGGUGGCGAUUACCAUAUAACAGACAAUGACAUCAAAGGCGGAGUGAAUAUGCAAUGGAUUGAAUACAGAAAUAUAAGGGCUCGCCUUUCUGUUCACAACAACAUUUUCAAUACCACUGCCCCUUUAAUAUUAUAUGGGUCAAGCGGAGAGACAAAUUUAACGUCUAACACUUUCAUCAACGCCAUGAACAAGGUUUCUAUUACCUUUGGGCAGUACGCUUCAUCGCUUUUGGUAAAAGAUAAUACUUUCAGCUUUAAUUCUGGUGACGCCGUUUUGGAGAUCUCAAGUACAGAAGGGGGUACUGCAACUGGUGCCAUUGAAGAUAACGUAUUUGUUGAUAACUUGGCCACUGUAACGUUGCUUCUCGGACAACCAGCUGUUUUCUCCAUCAAUAGAAACGUGUUUCAAAACUUUGAAGCUGCGAAGGAAAUCGUUUUCAGGAGGCUAUGGAACAGAGAUGAAGUUUACGACGUGAAAUAUAACUACUGGGGAACUGAAGAUCCUCACAAUAUCUCAUCCCGCGUGGAAGAGUUCUACACCAACAGUCAACUUGCUGUAGCUGAUCUGUCCCCUUUUCUUCUUACAAACGUGUCCACAAUGGUGGAUGGUCCACAUGGCAUAAUAAACAGGACAUACAGCAGUGGCCCUGAUGGUAUAGGAGGAGCCGUGUCUGGCGACCUUGUUAUUGAUGCUGACGUUUUGCCGAAUGGAACUGUGUCCUACAUAAAGGUGCUGUAUACCAUUUAUGUCCCAGAAGGUACCAGUUUGACCGUUGCUCCUGGUGCGAUCUUAGCAUUCAUGGACAACAGAGGAAUUGUAGUAGAUGGUGUGUUCAUCUGCGACGGAACAGCCUCUGAUGUUAUACAACUGAAAGCGUUUGAGACAAGAUGGGGAGGUGUAUUUCUCUCAGAGCUUACUGGUCCGAGCCCUCCCUUAACCUCUACAGUUUUCCCAGAUGAUCCAAAUUUUCCGAACUUACCUGUCCCACCUGAAAGACGAAAAAGGAGCACAAUCUCAAGUGCUGAUAUUCCGAACUUUAACCACGUGACCAUCAGCGGUGCGACAAUUGGGGUCAAAGUUGAAAGCUUUCUUGGUGUGAGCUUUCAAAACACGUCGGUAGAGGCAUGUAGUUUUGCCGGUAUCUACAUCGUGACAGGUCCCUACCCCCAGGCGGUGAAACUGGACAAUUGCGAGCUACGAAAUAUGGUUUCAGGAAGUGGGCUCGUGGUAACCUCUGGUGAAAACCCAGGGCCGUUGGUUCUAGAUAUACAGCGGUCAAAUUUUUGGGGGGACAGUUUUGUUAACGUGAGCUGCUCUGCUUGUAACGUUACCUUCAGCAAUUCUCGUUUUGCUGGAACAAAGGAACUACUCUUGCUUCGUCAGAUGGAGGAUUCUGUGGUGCACCUUACCGGAAACACCAUUCAGUCUAACGGCACAACGAAUGCCACACACUUUAAGACGGACUACGCAAGUAAUGCCAUUUACGAUGUUCGUGAUAAUUUCUUCUCGUCUCCUCGAGGGGCGUCCCUAUCCUGGUACACGAAAAGCCUUCCGUAUGCAUUUAUACAAGGCAACACCUUUGAAAACUGCGCAUCCGCCAUUCUCCUCACAGCAACAUGUUGUCACGUAUCUUCGAGAUUAUUUGAGAUUACUGAUAACAUAUUCUCUGACACAGAGGCUGGGUCAUCUCUCGUUGUUUUGGACACCAGGGACCUUCAGACUCGAGAUAUAAAUGUCACCAGAAACACAUUCCGUAAUAAUACCGUCAGCGGCUACGUCGUGCAUCUUCUCUCUCCCAGCACCAAUAUAACAGAAAACUUUUUUGACAAUCCUAACUCUCCUAACGACCUCGGGGUUUCAUUUGCGUACAACCCAGAGAGCAUUCCUGUCGAUGCUAAGUACAACUGGUGGGGUGACAGCGACUUCUCACACGUGGUAGAGCGUAUCUAUGAUUACAACGAUUACACUGUUGUGGGACAGGUUCAGUUCCAACCGUAUCUCACAGCACGCAAUUUGUCAGCAAUUAGUGAUCUGGAGCCGCCGUUCUUUCUGGGGGACAACAGAAUUGGAGGGACUGUGAUUGGGGCAAUGAAAAUUAAUUUCAGUGAAAAUCCAUAUGAAGUUGUUCGUGAUAUACUGGUCCCAGAAGAUGCCGUUCUAACUAUCGAUCCAGGGACAACACUUCGUUUUCACCCUGGGAUUGGAAUGGACGUUGAAGGUCAACUGGUGUCGGUGGGAACACCAGACGCUGUUAUAACUAUGGAAGGUGUAGAGGGACAGGUGUGGCGAGGAGUGACGUUUAAACAGUUCCUCCCAGAUCCUAAUCUUCGACUCGUAAAUGGCAGUAGUUCGUUGGAGGGAAGGGUUGAAGUGUACUACAAUGACAUGUGGCAUUCUGUGUGCGGUUCUCGUUGGUGGACCAUGGCAGCCGCCAAUGUUGUCUGCAAACAGCUAGGUUUUGGAGAAGCAGUUGAAGUUGUGAACGAUACGGUUGCACGCUUUGGUCGUGGAGAACCUGACCGAUAUCACGUUCUCAUCAGAUACUGCCGAGGAAACGAGCGUUACCUACAGUCUUGUGAUGCUUGCACUCCUGAUAACAGCUAUAUUGAAGAAGAUUGCCGCUACUGCAACGGGAACCCGGCAUGCCUUGCUAGAUGCUAUGCAUCUUUGUGUGAGAGGAGUGGGGGAAAUUUUGGAGACAACAACGAUGGACCUCCCCAGGACUGUUAUCACUGUGGAGAUGACCCAGACUGCUAUAGCGCGUGUAGGCCUACCGCACCCUGCAGGGAUGGGAAUAUAGCUGGUGUUAUUUGUGCUCCAGGCUCGACGGAGGAGCCCCAACGGUCCUCCAUGGAGCAUGUCGUGGUGGCCUAUUCACUGCGUGGAAUAACUGUACAGGGUACCCCACCCCUGUUAAACAACUUCCAAAUUACCCACAGCUCUGAGAAUGGUUUCACACUCUCGGGGUAUAUUCCGGAGGAUGUCGCCAUUUCUCAGUGUAUCAUUUCAUCUAACCAAGGUCAUGGUCUCUCAGUCAUCGGUGUUUCCGAUCCUAAGCUCAACAACAAGAUAUUGGUAACAAACUGCACCUUCGUUAAUAAUACUAAUCAUGCUAUUAAUAUAUUACGGACAGACGUAAGUCUGCGUAGUGUUCGAGUAACGGACAGUGGCGGGCAAGCGGUCUAUGGAGAAAGCGUACUAGGCUUGAAGAUUGUUAACUCGGAGUUCGUUCAAAAUAACGGUGGGGGAAUCAGAUUGGUGGCAGCGGAUGGGACGAUGACUCCAAUUGAAAGAUUCAUAAUUGAGGACAAUGUCUUCAGGAGAAAUACAGAAAAAAUUAUCAAUGUCGUUGUGCAGAGGGACUCAAUGCCAGCAUUUUCUAUAGCAAGGAACAUAUUUGCAGAGAAUAGGGCCCAACCUGAUACUCCAGGUGGCUACUACUUUAAUGAUUAUGGUAUUGUGGAAGUGCAGUUUGACUCUUUUGACAGUGAGGGAACCCCGGGAAUCUAUAGCGUAACUGGCAAUACGAUGGUGAACAACACGUACGAAUAUUCCAUCUACCUUUGGUGUAGAUACUGUUCUGAUGAGGUCAAUCCUGGAUCAAUAUCUAUUAUCAACAACACAUUUUUCAACAUGACCCGUAGUCCACGAAGCCGAUUUAACGACCUGUAUACCGUCUACAUGGAGAGCGUGUACGAUGUCACCAUUCGUGGAAAUAGUUUCGACAACCCGUCCGCCAUGUGUGAAUUGAAAGUACCCUCGUAUAAGCCGCUGGUUUAUAUUGAUGCAUCGGGAAAUUAUUGGGGAGUUAACGACACUAAGGAGGUAUACACCAGAAUAUGUAGUAUAUUUGACAACACUGGUCGUUUUGAUGUUAAACUGUGGCCCAUGCACUUAAACGCAGACCUGAGUCUCCCACCUGUCCACAAACCACACAACUGGACUUUCGGUGACGUCAUGAACGCCGGCGGUGACGUCGACGCCCUCCUGGAUACCGGUACCUUGGAGGGGCAUGUCGUUAUAGAAAGAAGUAUUGUAAUCAGGACAAACGGGAUACUAUCAGUGACGGUGGGAGCGGGAGGACUGGUUUUGUCAUUUAAGCCAGGAAGAGGGUUGAUUAUAGCAGGUCAACUGAUACUUAACAACGCCAAUAACUUUUCUGUCGUCAUGACGUCAGACAGUAACCGUUGGAAUGGAAUUGUUUUUGAACCAAAUCCGGACGUUGUGAACCCGGGACUGUCAUUUAUCACUAUCAAACGAGCAACAACUUGCUUAACAAUCCACAGAGACAACUUCACCGUGAAUUCAUGUGUCGUGGCAGAUUGCAGUCGCAUGGGGAUAGCCGCGCACCUAAAAAACAUCACUUCCCACGUGAAGAUCAGCUAUUCCACGGUCAAUAACACUGGACAACAAGGUAUCUAUAUGGAGGAGAAAGGUGGUCUAAUUGUAGAGGGGACAAUAGUGCACGACACGUACUACUCUGGAAUUGGAAGUGAUGCUGACGGGAUGUUGGCUAUUACCAAUACAACCGUGAAUGCAAGCAACAGUUAUGGUGUACAGAAACGGUACGUAGGUGGUGGUGUAAAUAUUCGUGACAGUUUUGUAACGAAUACUCGGAGAAGUGGGAUCAUCAUCAACGUGAGGAACCAAGAGGACCCGAUGAACAUUGAAAGAAAUGUAAUUAAACAAACCGGAACAUAUUCCGGUGAUUGGGGAUUGUCCAUUAGCAGUAUAAAUCGCCCUGUCAAUAUAAACAAUAAUACCUUUGAAGAAAACAAUAAGGGAGUGUAUCUUGCCUUAGAUUCAGAAAGUACAGUUUACCGUGUGAGUUUUACCGGCAAUAAGGUAGUGAAUAACAGGAACACAGCUUUAGUAGUGCACGAUUCUUGCAGAGGUGAGCUGGUCGUUGAGGGCAACCUUUUUGAAAAACACAGCGUGUUAUCGGGCCCGGUGGUUCAAAUCCAAACCAGAACUUAUGGUGUUCAACGCAACAACUCAUUCAUAGGGAAUUAUUUUAUCGACAACGCCGGGGACUCGGUUCUUCAUCUGUCCGACGGCUCCAGCUGCGCAAGGCAGUUGAAAGUCAACUUUUUUCAAGAAAACAGAGCGACUGAGGCAGUCAUUGUGUCAGACUCUGCCAGCGUUGGCAUCAAUUACAACAUUUUCUCAAACCCAGUGUCUACCUACGAUCUACAGGCGAGCCACUCCACGGAUGAAAUUCUAGAUGCCACUCACAACUGGUGGGGUAGUCCAGAUAUAGAACAGGUGAGGUCCCGUAUUCGAAGUAAGGAAACGGACGCGGCGUUCGGCAAUGUGACCUAUGUGCCAUAUUUAACUUCUCCGGAAGCGACCUGUGACAACGUCAAGAACUGCUCUGGGAACGGUCUAUGUAUAAGGUUCGACUAUUGUGAGUGCGAUGUUGGCUGGAAAGGGGCGGACUGUGCCCAGUUUUCCUGUGCUGAGGUGUUUGAGUGUCAAGGGCGUGGCACUUGUAUUGGGCCGAACACGUGUCAGUGUGAUAACGGCUGGUUACCGCCAGCAUGUGUUACCGCCAGCUGUAGUGACGUGAAUGACUGCUCAAAUAAUGGCAUCUGCGUAGAACCAAACAGAUGUCGCUGCUUCCCUCAGUAUCAAGGGACCAGUUGUUCAGAGUGUUCUGCUAGCCACUGGGGUCCUCAGUGCCUGCCCUGUCCUGACUGUGUAAACGGGGUGUGUGACCAGGCCACGGGUCAGUGUACAUGCAACGGCCCUAAUUUUACUGGAGAACUGUGCGACCGCUGCAGUGACAAUCUGUAUGGCCCGGCAUGUCUGCCAUUGCUCAAAGUUCUUUCUCUGGCUCCCAAUGGUGGCCCGGAUGUUGGCGGGACCGUGGUUCAUGUUUUUGGACACAACUUUCCCAAUACGUCUGAGUACACCUGCAGGUUUGGCUCCAUUGAAGUCGACGGCACGUGGUUGACGGAAGAGGAAGUGACGUGUGUUGCGCCAAGACAAGCCCCAGCCACAAUUCUCGUUUCUAUCCGACCACGCGCUGGGGACAGUUACAGCACUGACAUGGUCAACUACAUUUAUUACGGCACGUGCGAGCAGGACGCCUGUGGACGCCAGCUUCAACCAACGAGAGGGAUAUGUUCGUACGGGGAGUGUGUUUGUCACCGGCCGUGGUCGGGUGACAACUGUGGAGUGUUGCGACUGGUGCCCAGGAUUGCAAACAUACCGGACAAAGUCAUAUUACAAGGAGAAGAACUGGCGUUCCUCCUCACUCUUACGGAAGGCUCUUCUCCGGUUCAGUGGAGGCUUGAAUCCUCACCGUCUGGCAUGACACUGGACUCGGCUGCCCAGUACAUCCAGUGGACCUCACCAGUACCUUCAUGGCAACCACACACUGUCCGUGUAUCUGCAAGUAAUGAUGUCGGCUCGGACACGAAGCAGUUCAAUGUGACCGUGCGGCCUUCAUACUCCGCCAUGCUGGACCCCGUGCCGUACGGGCCGUAUCCAAGGGCAACCCCUAUUUUCCUGGAAGGGAAGGUGGUGUUUGUGGAUGGGGCGGCUGUUGGGGUUGUACCAGUUCAAGUGGUCGUUUUAUCGAAAUCCACGGGGUCACGACGUGUGCUAGAAACCUCCACAACAAGUAAUGGGACAUUUUCUGUCUGGUUUUAUCCAUUGUUUUCCGAAGCAGGAUUGUUCCAGGCAGGUGCCGCUCAUCCAGCAGACACGGUGGACACCGACCAGACUCAGUGGUCGUAUCACGGCAUGAGAGCCACCCCGGGGGCACUGACGGUCAGUGGGUACUUGACACCACAUACCACUGAGAGCAGGAUCACACUGACCAACAUUGGGGCCGAUGUACUUCACAACGUCACUGUGCAGAUACCGGACUACGCUAGGGACAUUGUGGCUGUACAGCAAGCGGGACAGGAGGAGGCAUGUACAGCGUUCCCAUGUCACUUACAGCAUGUGCUGGCGUCUGGAGAACAAAUCUUCUUGGACUUGACAUUUUCUGCUGCACAGCCCCUUCGAGGCUACUUUGGACUGACCUUCAGGAGUGCGGAAUACGUGGUCACCACGGUCAACGUGCAGUUUGAAUUUCAGCUUAAGCUUCCCGCCCUGACCUUGACCCCAAACACUCUCACGGCGGCCAUUGCAAGGGGCAGUACUCGGCUCUUUGAGGUAAAUGUCACAAAUACUGGCCUCGUCGCGGCGCACAACGUUCACGUAAUACUGCCAACAGUGGACAUUUUAUCCCUGGCAUCGUUCAGCAAGGUAAAAGAUCCAUCAACUGCCGGACGUAAGUUUCAGCUAGAACCUGGAGAGUCGGCACUUCUGAUCCUUUCGGCACGGGUGCAGGAAGACGCUGCGUUAGGCAGAACAACGGGAAACAUUGCUGUUCGGUCUGAUGAAGUUGGUUCAGACUUAGGAUUUAGAAUCACCACUGUCUCUUCACGGCUCGUCGACAUAAUAGUUCUUGCGGAGGAUGAAUACACGUACUUCGCAGACGACAGGCCGUAUCUUGCCAACGCUACAGUAACACUGAGAAAUAAAUUGGAAAAUAUUCGGUUAACCGCCGUAACCAAUGCCUCGGGCAUUGCCGUAUUCAGGGACGUACUGGAGUCGUUCUAUGAUGUCUACGCCUCGGCAGACGAGCACACUCCUGUUUCCAAGGUGAUUGAAGCCAACAGGGAGCAGAAUCUUGUUCGCGUCUUUCUGGAGAGAACUACAGUCACCGUCAGAUGGUUCGUGACACCCGUAACGUUCACAGAUGAGUACAUAAUAAGGUUGGAAGCAGAUUUUACAACUCAGGUCCCGAUCCCUGUGGUCACUCUGGAGCCAAAGUCACUGGACCUGGACUUACUGGAGAGCUGUGUUUAUAGUACCAUCACUAUUACAGCCACAAACCAUGGGCUCAUACGGGCAAACGAUUUCGGUUUCUCUUUGCCGUCAGCCAGCGAUCACCCGUUUUUAAGAUUUCGAUUGGCAGACGACACUGUCUUCGGCGACAUUCCCGCCAACAGUUCCAUCCAGUUCUCGGUGAAGGUUUAUGGCUGCGGCGCUCACCCUGACGAGGCCACUGCUGUAGCCACAGUGAGAAGGAAACGAGCCACAGGAGGAUCGGGAUGCGGUUUCUCUUUCCGUGCCGUCUACUCCUAUUUCUGUAGAACGUUAAUCACGCGUAGUGUGUCUCUGCCUACUCAUCGAAGGAGCGGAAGUUCGGGGUGUAUCCUCCACGUGGGACGCUUGGGCUGCUGUAGAGGAUAUGCUGGUGCAAGCGCCUCCGGACCUGUCGUUUUACGGGAAGUGUCUUGUGAGAACUGUGCUGUAACCGCCAUUGACUGUAUCUUGGCAAAUAUACCUUACACUCCCUUUGCCUGUGGGUACACUGUCGGGACCAAACUUCGGCCAGGUGCACUCGGGGGACGUGGGGCUGUAGGCUGGUUGCUGGACGCUGCCGACGUUGCUUUUGCCUGUGUUCCAUUCCUGGCGCCAGCUUCACCAAUUUGGGGAGGGUUAAGAUGUAUACAUACUCUGCUCGGAGCAUGUCAACCCGUUCCCAUACCAUUCACACGGAAACGUAGAGCAAUCAGUCUACUCACCAAGGAAGAAAUCGCUCCUAUCCUGGCCAGUCGGAUAUAUUCGCUUCAGAAUUUUGCAGACUUUCUGAUAAUGUUUGUCGAUGACCCUGAAGUAUGGCAACACGUAGAUCCCAGUCAGUGGUGGCUGAACACACUGCGCCCCCUAACGGCAGACGACAGUGACGGCGGUCAAUUAAUAACGAUGACAGAGCUACAGGGGAUACGCGGCACCAACCCAACUAACAUGACGGAUUCUAUGAUGGAGAAUGUAGUGACCAAACUGAACAACACACUGGCCGCAUGGGCGACCGGGACGCUACAGGGCGCUGGGAUGGUGAACUACACGGAGGCGUUCCAGAGGUUUGAUAAGCUGGUCAACGAUACCCAAGACGCCAAAAACGAGGGGUCGGCCUCGAUAUUCGAAUGGUUUAAUAAAGCAAAUCAACAAUUUGUGGAAGCUUCAACAGCAAAAGGCGUCUGUGCCAAGGUACGAAUACAAAUUGUGCAGGAGCUGGUUCUAACCAGAGACGCCUUUGAAGCAAAGCUUGAGAUCGAAAAUGGUGAUGUGAACGCCUUGGAAAAUAUCGGUGUUGAGAUCUUUAUAAAACACACAGACACGGGUGACGUUUCCACCCAUCUGUUUUCUAUAGGUGAGCCAGAGCUGACAGGACUGACGGGUGUGUCAGGUAAUGGGUCGCUAGCUCCAGGUCAAGAUGGCAGUGCAGUGUGGUUAAUAGUGCCAUACAGUGACGCUGCCCCCACUGAGGACACGCAGUAUGACAUGGGUGGAACAUUAUAUUACACUUUGAACGGAGACGAUAUUAGAGUGCCACUAUUUCCUGACACGGUCACCGUAAAACCGGACCCCAGACUUCACAUUAAGUACUUCCUGGAGAAGUACGUUCAAGGUGACGACCCUUUCACGACAGGUGUCGUGGAGCCAUCAGUCCCAUUCUCUCUGGGUGUAUUAGUGAUAAACGAGGGAUAUGGUACAGCCAACCAAAUGAAGAUCACGUCAUCCCAGCCCGAAAUAAUUGAAAAUGAAAAGGGGUUGCUUAUAACUUUUGAAAUAAUUGGCGCUCAACUCGGACUUGAGCCAAUAUCGACCUCACUGGCUGUAAACUUUGGUGAUAUCCUCCCCAUGACCACCAAGAUGGCGCGGUGGAUAAUGACGUCAUCACUUCCGGGCAAAUUCUCUAAUUAUUCCGCCACAUUUGAAAACAUCAAUCCACUUGGCGACCCUCAGCUUUCGGUACUGGACUCGGUUGAAUUCUUCGAAUUACUUCACGUGAUCCGUGCGCAGCCGGAUGAUGGCAUACCGGAUUUCCUCGUCAUGCCGGAGCAAAGUCUGGACUUGAUGCCUAAUGCCAUAUAUACCAGCCACGAUGGAAAUCAUCCGUAUCCAGUAUAUAUGGCAAAUAUUACCAGUGUGGAGUACGGCUCGGGAAAAGUCGUAACCAUAACAGUCCGUUACGCAAACGCUGGGUGGAAUUAUGCCAGAGCAGAAUACACCGGAGACAAGUCACUGACCGUUUCAUCCGUCACCAGGGACGACAGGCAAUCAAUUCUGCCCGAAAACGUCUGGUUAAGUAAAGUGAAUGACGUAGACCUUCUACAUAUUGUAGAUCUGUACUCGACAUCUGAUGGUACCCACACGUACACCAUCAGGUUCUCCAGAGUGAACGCUCUCCCUCCGGUAUUUGACCAAACUUUCGUCUCUGUCAAUGUAAGUGAGGCUGCGCCAGCCGGCACCGUGAUACACACGGCGUCUGUAGCAGACUCUGGUAACAGUAAUGUGACAUACAGAAUGAUGGCUGUUGUAGGUGCCAACGCUUCUAACUUUAAUGUUAACGCUGAGACAGGUGAAAUAACCAUAUCAUCAGCGCUGGACAGAGAGAGCACUGAGCUUAUAACCUUAACAGUUGUGGCAGUGGAUGACGGUGACCAACCAAAGACUGGACAGCUGCUUAUUGAUGUCCACGUACUUGACGUCAAUGACAAUGCGCCUGUGUUUACACCACUGCGUUUUUCAGCUGCAAUAGAGACAGACGCUCCGGUGAAUUCGUCCGUUUUGCAGUUAACUGCGUCGGAUUUGGACGUUGGAGCAAACGGGGAAGUCACAUAUGGAAUCGUUAAUCCAGAUGGCCAUUUCCAAGUCGGUGCCGAAACUGGAAUAAUUUACACUGCAUCUGCUCUAAGCACCUCGUCGUCUCCUUAUGUCUUCCAGUGCUACGCGGUUGACAAAGGAGACCCUCCAAAUCGAGUUGUAGAAACUGCAGAAGUCACUGUUGAGGUGGUACCUGUGAAUAGACACGCACCCACUUUUAAUUCUGAUCGCUUUAAUUUCUCCGUAGCGGAGGAAGAAAGUUCUGGAACUGAGGUCGGGAAUGUUGCGGCAACUGACAUUGACACCUGGCAGACGAUACAUUACUCGCUUGACCCCAGUCAGAGCGUUCCUUUUCGUGUCAAUAGAACAACUGGUGCCAUCAGGACCACGGAGGUACUGGACUUUGAACGCGUCAAUUCCUAUCAAUUUACAGUUAUUGCAGAAGACAAUGGCAGUCCACCAACAGGUUUCAAAUCCGCCGAGGCCAUUGUAUCCGUGGUCUUAAUUGAUGUCAAUGACAACCCUCCAGUUUUUGAAAAGAGCGAGUAUUCCAUCACUGUGUUAGAAAACGCGCCGAGCGGUACAGCAGUCCUUCGCACGAGCGUAACCGAUAUCGACUCGGGCGACAAUGGACAACUUCUCUAUUUUAUCUUGUACGGAGCCACUUUGUCGUUUAAUGUUACACUGGAAGAGAGCACCGCCGUUCUCAGGACUACCGGUCCAUUAGACAGAGAAACAAAGGCCUUGUAUAACAUAACAAUUGUCGCCGUAGACGCUGGAACGCCGCGGCGCUCUGGUUCCGUCAAAGUGGAGGUGACGGUUGGUGACGUCAACGAUAACCCACCAAUGAUAGCCCCAGAAACUAGCCCCAUUCUGCUCUCCGCGGACACUCCAGUGAAUAGGGAGAUAUACGCUGUGAAUGCCUACGAUGUCGAUUCAACAGGGACAAUUCGCUAUGCAAUCACGAGUGACGUCGGCGGCUUGUUUGGAAUCAAUUCCGAAAGUGGAGUUAUUCGCGUAUUAAGACCUCUGGACCUCCUAGACGGUCCUCACAGUGUCAUUGUGUGGGUAUCAGACGGAGUCUACAACGCGUCAACGAGUCUAACUGUGCAAGUGGCGACAUCUAACUUUUAUCCACCAGUCUUCAGCGAACAAGGCUAUGGAAUAGAGGUACCUGAGGAUACUCCGACCAAUGAAGUUAUCAUUACUGUGAAAGCAGAGGAUAAUGACAGCAGUGUAGUCACAUUCGAAAUAACUAACCCGGAUGUUGGCAACGUUUUCUACUUGAAUCCGGUGUCUGGUGACAUCACGUUACUAGCAAGCCUUGACAAGGAGAGUGUGUCCGUGUACAACCUGACAGUGAUUGCUAGAGAUGGUGGAAUCGGUGGACAGAAUGUUCUGUCAUCAAUUGCCUCUGUGGUGAUCACAGUUGGUGACGUCAAUGAGUAUGACCCUCAGCUGGAGGUCAACUUCACGCACCUGUCUGUAUAUGAAGGUCAACCAGCCGGAACUUUUGUCACUCAGUUAUCCUCGUCAGAUGGCGACACCUACCAAGAUGUCCAUCUGUCCUUAAUCCAGUCGGCUACUGAGAUGUUCACUGUAACUGAGGACGGCCAGAUCCUCACUACGGGUACUUUAGACAGGGAGGACACGGCGACGUACAAUAUUGCUGUACAGGCAACUGACGACGGGUCUCCUCCAAGAAGGACGUCGGUCGAUAUAACGAUCAACGUGCUGGAUAUCAACGACAAUGCACCAACAUUUUCACAUAAUUCCUACAACGUAACAGUUGUCAUUGCCGACCUUGUGCAAGAUGACCAGGUUAUUUUAACUGUUCGAGCCACCGAUGACGACGAUGGCAUCAACGCUGAGGUGGCAUACAGUCUUCUGUCCCCGAAUGAUAUUCUAGAGAUCGACGCCUCGUCGGGUGCACUCAGCGUCCUGCCGGCAGCACGUGAUGUCUUCGGUACACGGGUGGAGACUCUCCACGUGGUGGCCACUGAUAGAGGUAUCCCGCCAUUAAACGGCUCUGCCACUGUCACGGUUACUGUGAUAGGGAAGAACCGCCCUCCCGUCUUCAGCCAGGUGAACUACACAACCUCGUUGCCAGAGUCUGCAGAUCCCGGUACCUUCGUCUACCAGGUGAGUGCCUCAGACCCAGACGGUGGCGCCAUCGUGUAUUCCAUUGAAAACGGCAACACUGGAGGAACAUUUCAGAUAGACAACACAGGUCGCGUAAGUCUUAACACCAGCGUGGACCGCGAAACUGAAAGCAGUUACACGUUGGUUCUGAAAGCAACUGAAGAUGACACAGCCGGGCGUCAGUCCUCAACGCUGAGUGUCACUUCCCCCCUGUAUGUGACAGUGGAAGAUGUGAAUGACAACAGACCCGUCUUUUCAGUAGACAUCUACAACUUCACCGUGGAUACGGAUACCAUAGCCGGCGUGAUAGGACACGUAGUGGCAAGCGACGUGGAUGAAGGGGAAAAUGCCGUCGUCACGUAUACGCUUACGUCAAGCAGUGAUUUGGUUUCCUUGAAUUCUAGCACCGGUCAGUUUUUUCUGUUAGCGCCAGCUUAUGAAAUUGCUGAGAACGCGACACUGUCACUGACUGUCGUGGCAACAGACGGCGGCACUCCUGCUCUUAACAGCUCAGCUGCAGUUUACAUUUACCUGACUACCACAAGAGUAGUGACGACAACACCUGUCACCACCCAGGCACCGGUCACCACUCAGACACCUGUCACCACUCAGGCACCGGUCUCUACACAGCCACCUGUCACCACAAAGGCACCAACCACUACACAGCCACCUGUCACCACAAAGGCACCAACCACUACACAGGCACCUGUCACCACAAAGGCACCGACCACUACUCAGGCACCGGUCACUACUACGCCCACUUUGGAGCAAAUGAGAGAAGAGUUACGAUCUCUGCGAAGACAGUUGAAUUCUUUGUCUCGGCAAAUUCGGGCUGCCCUCAGGAACUUCGACAUGACCGAGUUCCGACGUCUCUUCUCACAAUACACAGACAUUCUCCGACAGUAUGCCGGUCUGUCGUUUGCCAUUUGGAGGAGACAGAGGGGAUUGCAGGGAUAACGACAUCGAGAAAGCAGCAAUUAUCAAAAGUAGAACUGCUCAAAAGUCAACAAAUAUAUUCCUUUUUUAAAAAAACUGCUGUGUGCGAAGUUAUUGCUAGAACUGUCAUUGAAAGAGCUUUCCGCGUAAAGUUAUUUUUAAGCGCACAUGUGAAAGACAAACUUACACUUCGAAUAACCUUUUCUCAUUUAGACAAAAAGCAGUUAGGCCCGUUAGAUUCAAAGAUGGCUGCGAAAUAUGUAUUACUAUCUACUCAGAACUGAACAUAUAUCUCAGCGCUUAAGACAUUGGUGUAUUUUCAUAUAUCCCAGAUAGUAGCUUAGAAUGUGUUUUACAGUGGAUUAAUAUGUCACUCUAUGGAUGAAAAUUAACUUACUUUUACGGCAAUCAGUGGCACUAUUAUCAUACUGAACACUUCAACGCGUUACUCAAGAACAUAUGUUUAUAAUAUUCAAGAUGGAGCCUCGAUAAGACAAUGAAAGAAAACAUUUAAAGCAUCACCCAGCAGAUUCUAAUUACCAAAGUCUGAAGUGAAAACAAGAAAUAUUGCAGUUUCUGAUUACUGGAAUUCACUGACUACUAGAUUACUAGAAACCACAGGCAAUAAAUGGUUAGGGCUCAACUUUGAAUUUAAGGCUUAUUUUAUUAUUGUUUUACAAAUUGACGCAAAAAUACUAGCAAGUUUAAAUUUGUGGAUAAAAACAAUGUUAUUGUCAACGCCAGACGGCCAUAGAUGUGUUAGGUGAGAUGGACGCAAUCCGCCAUUUCAUCAAUGUGUACACAUAACAACAGUCGCAUUGUUAAUCAUUUGUAACUUCACGAACUGAUUGUUACCACUUAAAGUGGAAGACACUGGCUGAUUUCGUACAAAGCAUGCAUAUUACAAGCAGAUAAUUUCUUAGACAAAAUAAGACGAGGUGAUAUUGAGUCUUUGAAAGGAUAAUUGGUUUCUUUGUUGAGUGAAUUGCAAACAAUUAUAAUAGGCCCAUCUAAAAUUUAGAUCACAGCGUAGAUUUAGAUUUAAUGCAAAGUCAACAGAACAUUACUAUAUUUAGAAAUGAUAAUGAGUAGGCGCUCA